CCAGCCCCCGGCGCGAGCGGCGGCCGGGCUGGGGAAUCCAGCCUGCGCUCGGAUGGCGGAUACUAUCAGAGCCCCGGCGGCCGGGACCGGGUGACUUCGCGGCGGGCGCGGGAGGGUCUGCGGCGGGCGACGCUGCAGCAGCCUCGGCACGGUCGCCGCGCCCCCGGGCGGGAGUGUGCGCGGGUGUGGAAGGCCGGCGUGCGGGCCGCGAGGGGUGUGCGCGCGUGAGGCGGAGCGGGGCUCGCCCCUCGCCGGCGCCCGCCGCCCCGCGGGCGAUCGCUCUCUCGCCGUCUCCGGGACCCCCGGACCCCCACGGCCUUUGGUCCGGGCGGGGGAGGGAGAAAGUGAGACUCUGUGUCAUCAUCAUCCAUUGUGAGGAGGGGAAGAAAUUGGAAUCCAGCAGCGGCGAGCAGCAGCUGGGCGGUCACAUCUGGGAAUGCAAAGCCGACCUCCCCCCCCCUCCUCCUCCACCACCUCCUCCUCUCUCACCCAGGAUCACUUCCGAAACCACUUCGCCUUCAGCCCCUGCCUCGGCCAGAGGGAUUUAUUUAAUGGGGAUGUGUUCAAGGCAAGAGCGAAUUCAGAAGGAUAUCGACGUCGUGAUCCAGAAGUCCAGAGCUGAGAAGGACUGCCUGUUUGCAGAUUUCAGAUACUCAGACUCCACCUUUACUUUCACCUACGUUGGCGGCCCCAAAAGUGUAUCCUAUUCAGUACACGUAUCUGAAGAUUACCCAGAUAAUACAUAUGUGUCAAGUUCAGAAAAUGAUGAAGAUGUAUUAGUUACUACAGAGCCAAUUCCAGUCAUUUUUCAUCGAAUAGCAACAGAAUUAAGAAAGACAAAUGACAUUAACUGUUGCUUAUCCAUAAAAUCCAAAUUACAGAAGGAAAAUGGGGAGGAGUCAAGACAAAAUAGUACGGUGGAAGAAGAUUCUGAAGGAGAUAAUGAUUCUGAAGAAUUUUAUUAUGGAGGACAGGUGAACUAUGACGGGGAGCUGCACAAGCACCCCCAACUCGAAGCUGAUUUGUCGGCAGUGAGAGAGAUAUAUGGGCCACAUGCAGUUUCUCUCAGGGAAUAUGGAGCCAUUGAUGAUGUAGAUAUUGAUCUGCAUAUUGAUGUUAGCUUUCUUGAUGAGGAGAUUGCUGUGGCAUGGGAAGUGAUUCGAACAGAACCUAUAAUUGUCCGACUACACUGUUCGCUUACACAGUAUUUAAAUGGCCCAGUGCCCACUGUUGAUGUCUUUCAGAUUUCCACAAAAGAGAGAUUUGGACUGGGACAUCAGCUGAAAAAAAUCAUGCAGACAUUUGUUACACAGCAGUGGAAACAGAGCAAAGAAAAAUCUAGUUGCCUGCACAAUAAGAAGCUGUCAGAGAAGAAAGUGAAGUCUCCCCUGCAUCUAUUUUCUACCUUGCGCAGGUCGCCAAGUUAUCCUCCCCCUGGUUGUGGAAAAAGCAAAUCCAAACUGAAAUCGGAGCAAGACGGGAUCUCCAAGACGCAUAAGCUGCUGCGGAGGACUUGUUCCAGCACAGUCAAGACGGAGGACGUGUGCGCCCCGAAGCCACACAGGACCUUCGGUCGCUCGCUGUCCAGCGACCCCCGGGCUGAGCAGGCGGUGACGACCAUUAAGUCACACAAGCUCUUGAACCGUCCCUGCCCUGCAGCCGUCAAGCAGGAGGACUGCCUCGCUCUCAAGUCGCACAAACUCUUGACUCGCUCUUGUUCUGGAGACCCGCGCUGUGAGCACAACGCCAGCCUGAAGCCUCACAAACUGCUAAGCAGGUCUUAUUCCAGUAACCUCAGAAUGGAAGAAUUAUAUGGACUCAAGAAUCACAAGUUGCUCAGCAAGUCUUACUCCAGUGCCCCCAAGUCAUCCAAAACGGAGCUUUUCAAGGAACCCAGCGCAGAGGGCCGGAGGCUCUCUCUUACCUCAGGGCUCAUUGGUAUCUUAACACCAUCAUCAUCUUCAUCUUCCCAGCCUGCUCCAAAUGGUGCCAAAUGUAUUCCAAUACGAGACCGUGGCUUCCUAGUGCAGACAAUUGAGUUUGCUGAACAGCGGAUCCCUGUGUUGAAUGAAUACUGUGUGGUUUGUGACGAGCCACAUGUGUUUCAAAAUGGCCCCAUGCUUAGGCCUACUGUGUGUGAACGAGAGCUGUGUGUAUUUGCUUUUCAAACCCUGGGAGUAAUGAAUGAAGCUGCUGAUGAAAUAGCAACUGGAGCUCAGGUGGUAGAUCUACUAGUAUCCAUGUGUAGGUCCGCAUUGGAAUCUCCCAGAAAAGUUGUCAUUUUCGAGCCAUAUCCUUCUGUGGUAGAUCCUAACAAUCCUCAGAUGCUGGCCUUCAACCCGAGGAAGAAGAACUAUGAUCGAGUAAUGAAAGCAUUGGACAGCAUAACUUCUAUUAGAGAAAUGACACAAGCACCGUAUCUGGAAAUCAAGAAGCAGAUGGAUAAACAAGACCCCCUUGCUCAUCCCUUACUGCAAUGGGUUAUUUCAAGUAAUAGGUCACAUAUUGUGAAACUGCCAGUUAACAGGCAACUGAAGUUCAUGCACACUCCCCAUCAAUUCCUUCUUCUCAGCAGUCCACCAGCCAAAGAAUCCAAUUUUAGAGCUGCUAAAAAACUCUUCGGAAGCACCUUUGCAUUUCAUGGCUCGCACAUUGAAAACUGGCACUCCAUCCUGAGAAAUGGUCUGGUUGUUGCUUCUAAUACACGACUGCAGCUCCACGGUGCAAUGUAUGGAAGUGGAAUCUAUCUUAGUCCAAUGUCAAGCAUAUCAUUUGGUUACUCAGGGAUGAACAAGAAGCAGAAGGUGUCAGCCAAGGAUGAGCCAGCUUCAAGCAGUAAAAACAGCAACGCAUCACAGUCACAGAAAAAAGGACAGCAAUCCCAGUUCCUGCAAAGCCGUAACUUAAAAUGCAUAGCCUUAUGUGAAGUGAUCACCUCACCUGACCUGCACAAACAUGGAGAGAUAUGGGUCGUCCCAAAUACUGAUCAUGUCUGCACACGGUUCUUUUUUGUCUACGAAGAUGGCCAAGUGGGAGACACAAAUAUUAACACACAAGAAGGAGGCAUUCACAAAGAGAUCCUUCGAGUAAUUGGUAAUCAAACUGCUACUGGUUAAAGGACCACCAUUUAAUUAACAUGAUUUGAAAGCCUUCCUCGGGUUCAAAGCUGGAUUUUGAACUGAAGAAGAUGAUAAAAUAAUUUAUUGUUAUUAUAAACAAAAUUAACCCUUUGAAUACUGAUUUUUUUCUUAGUAUUUCUAAGUUUCUCAUUAAAUACCUAAAAUGGUAUAAAAUUUAUCAAUUGUAGGGUUAUGGAAUCUAGUAAUAAAAUUACAACAGCACUUAAACUGAAGUUUGGGUUCCUCACACAAUAAACAGAUUGAAAAAACA